AUGGCCAGUGACUCAGCCUUCGUUAGCUCCUCAGUAGGAGCUCGGAAAGAGGAGAAAGAGGAGAAUGUGCCUUUGAGAAUUGAAGGGCACCUCGUCCACCACUACUACAACACUACUAGCAGUGUCGGUAAUCCAGUCACUGGACAAGUGAUUCGACUCACUGGAUCGAAGGAUAACCCCAGAAGAAAAUGCGGUACUUCUACCUGGAAUCUUGGCAGGAGUCGUCUGUCUGGCAAAAGGUUUUCUAGAAGCACAGGUUAUUUAUUGGCAGGCGCUUUCGAUAAAUAG